AUGAACAAGAAGUAGCCAGAUUACGACGAAGAGAAACAAGGUUUACUCGCCAAGGAAAAGGGACGCAAUCAGGAUUCUCAGUCAGACAUGAAUCAGAAGGGCAGCUUAGCAGGUAACGCCGGAAGCUCGGCAGCUCUUCAGCGAUCCAAAGACCCAAAUCAGACAGCCGGGUCAGACCUGAAUCCCCAGCCCCUGAGGACAUUCAAUGUCAACAAGAUAAAGUAAAACUCUCUCGCCUUCUGCAACAAUCAGAUCACCACAUCGAAAUACACCGUCAUCACUUUCUUACCCAAGAACCUCAUUGACUAAUUCUCGAAAUUAGCAAAUAUAUAUUUCCUACUGAUGAUGAUUUUGCAGACCAUCCCUCAAGUUUCUAUCACUGGGGGACAACCUACUAUCCUGCUACCUCUCAUGUUCGUUAUCACUGUUUCAGCUGUAAAAGAUAUUUUUGAAGACUUAAAAAGACACAGAUCAGACAACUAGGAAAACACAAGAAAAGUCUUAAAACUAGACAAAAAAAACAAGAAAUUCGUAUUGGACACUUGGAAGAAUCUCAGAGUAGGACAAAUCGUUUAAGUUCUCCAAGACUAAUACUUCCCCGCAGACAUGGUUCUCGUUAGAUCAGCAAACUCAAAUGGAAUUGCCUACAUAGAGACUAAGAACUUAGAUGGUGAAACAAAUCUCAAGUUGAAGUCCGCUGAAAAAGAUAUUUAAACUCUAUUUGAUAACCCAGAAUCAGCCACCACCUUCAGAGGACAGGUUGUUUGUGAGGCUCCAAAUGAUCAACUCUACAAGUUUGAGGGUUCGAUUACUACUCCAUUUGGUAAAACCGUACCACUUGACCACAAUUCUUUGUUGCUUAGAGGUACUUCUCUUAGAAAUACUGAAUGGAUCUAUGGUCUUGUAGUCUACACAGGUCACGAUUCCAGAAUUAUGAAAAACUCUAGCAAAUCAAGAACUAAGUUUUCAAAGUUAGAGAACUAGACUAACAUGUAGAUUGUACUUAUCUUCUUAUUCUAGAUCCUUAUCUGUAUUGUUGGAGCAUCCUUCAAUAUGAUGUGGACUCUCAGAGUAGGUCAGUUUUAUCACCCUUACUUGCAUUUGGAGAGCACUGAUGACGUAGAUAAGGACUUCUGGUCUGGUUUAUUCGCAGAUAGUGUCACUAGAUUCGGUACCUGGCUUCUUCUUUUCGCCAACUUUGUUCCUAUUUCACUUAUUGUGACAUUGGAAGUCGUGAAGUUCCUUUAAGCUCAGUUUAUUCAAUGGGACGCAGACAUCUAUGACUCCACAAAGGACCUCCCAACCAAGGUACAAACUUCAAACCUCAAUGAGCAACUCGGCCAAGUAGACUAUGUCUUCUCCGACAAGACUGGAACCCUCACUCAAAAUCUCAUGGAGUACAGAAAGAACUCUAUUGGCAAGUACUCCUAUGGAGUAGAUGAUGUUCACUGCGACGAUGCUGCUGCCAAGGAUGUUACUAACUUCAACUUGAAAGAUGAAAUAUUUGAAGCACACAUGAACGAUAAGACUCACCCUAACUACAAAAACAUUCAAAGAUUCUUAACUCACUUAGCUGUUUGCCACACUGUAGUUGCUGAUGUCAAGGAUGGCAAAAUUCUUUACAAUGCCUCAUCUCCUGAUGAGCUUGCUCUCGUUAAUGCAGCUAAAUACUUUGGAUAUUUCUUCAAGGGAAGAGAUGAUGAUAACAAUAUUGAAGUUGAAAUCUUAGGAAAAACUGUUAAAUUCCAAUUACUUGGAGUUAUCGAAUUCAGCUCAGACAGAAAGAGAAUGACUGUUAUUGUUAGAGAUGAAUAAGGCAAAAUCAAGGUUAUGUGCAAAGGUGCUGAUAGUAUCGUUCAAGCCAGACUUGCUGACACUCCACUUAACUAAGAACUAGAGCCAUUCACUAUCAAGUACCUAGAAAACUACGCCAACGGUGGUCUCAGAACUCUACUCUUGGCUGAAAAAGAAAUCUCAGAAGCUCAAUAUGACCAAUUCAAGGAAGAAUACAGAAUUGCUGCUACUGCUGAGAAAGAUAGAGAGAACAAAGUCAAUGCAGUUGCUAGUGAACUUGAGCAAGGAUUCGAAAUAAUUGGAACCACUGCCAUUGAAGAUAAGCUACAAGACGACGUAGACAAGGCAAUUUCAGCCAUGAAAAAGGCUGGUAUUAAGGUGUGGGUUUUGACUGGAGAUAAGAUUGAAACAGCUAUUAACAUUGGAUUCUCUUGCAAACUCCUUAACGAUAAGAUGGAGCUAUUUGUCAUUGAUGCAAAGAACAAGAAAGCCAUCAAAGAGUAAAUUGCUAAAGCAAGAAUGAAUCAAAUUAUCUCAGAGGGCAUUAGAACAACUGCAACAGUAGUAUCUGGAGAGUCACUAUUUAAGAUCUUAGCGGAUUAAGAUAUUGCUCAAAAAUUCUACAAAUUAGCUAGUUCCAGUUCAGUGCUUAUCGCAUGCAGAAUGUCCCCAAAGCAAAAAGCUGAUAUCGUCAGACUAGUUAUUGAGAAAGAUCCCAAAGCUAUCACCUUAGCUAUUGGUGACGGAGCCAAUGAUGUUAACAUGAUUAACGCUGCUCAUAUUGGAGUUGGAAUCAGUGGAGUUGAAGGUCAACAAGCUGUUUCAGCCUCAGACUACGCUAUUGGCCAAUUCAAGUAUCUUAAGAAUCUACUCUUCGUUCAUGGAAGAGAGUCAUACAGAAAGAACUCCUACCUAGUCUGCUACACCUUCUACAAGAAUGUCCUUUUCGUUAUGCCUCAGUUCUGGUAUGGAUUCUACUCUGCAUUUUCCGGUCAAGUUUUCUAUGAGAAGUGGAUCUAUCAAGUCUUCAACAUUACUUUCACUGCCUUCCCACCAAUCAUCUUUGCCAUCUUCGACCAAGAACACAGCAGACAAACUCUCAUGCAACUUCCUAAACUCUACAAGAUUGGCAUCAGAGACCAGUGCUUCAGUACUCUUGGUUUCUGGAAAUGGAUCUUGUAUGGUCUCGCCCAAUCAGCUCUAGUAUUCUACGUUUCCUUCGUUACAUUCAACACCAACAAAUCUCUCCACAACGGCAACAAUGGAGAUAUGUGGAUAUCAGGAACCUUCGCCUAUGGUGCUAUCGUUAUUUGUUGCAACAUGACCAUCCUUUACGGUUCAUUCUCCCACACUAUCUGGUCAAUCUUAAUCAUUAUUGCUUCAGUUGGCUCCUUCUACGUUGGCUUCUUCCUCUUGAGUUACCUUCACUUGCCAACUCUUGACAGAAUGUUCGAGGAGAUCAUUUCCUACCCAGUGUUCUACUUGAAUCAACUCCUAUUUAUCUUCUUAACCUUCCCAGUUGACAGAUUCCUCUACUUUAUUUCAGAAUCAAAAAGAGAAUCAGUUGAUUUUGAGGAGAAGCAAAAGAAGCACGAAAAGAAGAAGCAAUUCACAAAGGGUAUCGAUCUUAGCAAACUUGCUCCAGUCCACAGAUACACUGGUUUCGCUUUCUCUGGAGAUGCUGGAGCUGCUCCUUAGAUUACAGAUAAACUUAUGAGAGCAACCACUAAACUCAUGACUGCUUAGAGACUAUUGCCAGCUAUUAAGAGCGGUCAAAGAUGA